AUGGAUCACACAUUUUAUAAACAAGAAGAGGAGACCAAACCUUUACCACGAAUACAUCCAAUUGCAACCCCAGCUACACAGCCUAAGCGAGAAGAAAGCGAAGAUGCCCCGGAGGGAAAGCUUGCCCCGAACCGUUUAGGUGUAGAAUGCGAAACGAAGACCAGCGUCGUCCCUAACCAGAGACGUCGGACACCAGUUGCAUGUGCAAGAUGCCGCAGAAGAAAAAUCAAAUGCAGCGGUGACCUCGGCAAUGGAGAAGCGUGCUCGAAUUGUAAAAGUUCUGGAACUACAAACUGUCUAUUUUUACGAGUUAACUCUUCUCCUCUUCAGACGAAAGCUAGUUACUCGACUUGGACAUAUCCUUUCUCAAACUCAACCUCGUUGGGAGCUUACGGACAACAACAGGCAGCGUAUGAUACUCAUGUACCUAGAGCAAACGGCUUCUCGAUAAAUACUGGGCCGCCUGGAUUGCCAGCAUACUCAGUGAUGCAACCAGGGCCUGAAUAUGGGACACCACUAGAGCCCACGCCUACCAACAGAGCACCCUACUACCCCCCAAACUAUCCCAUUGGAUAUGGAGAUGCACCGACGCAUCAUCUUCCUUUCUCCUCUUAUGUUUUACCCAGUUCUACCGGAGCAGGAGCAAAUGCUAUCUACGGGACUACCGCUUCAACAAAAGGCGGGCGACUACCAACUACAUCAGACCCUACGAAUGGAGUGAUGUACCCUGACCUUGAAGGAAACAGUUCGCCAUUGCCGAGUUUCCCAUUUCUUGGACGGCCGUCUCAAAAUUGUACUUCUAGUGAAGCCGUCACGCUCCUUCCCGCCGUGAACUCGCUACCUCUGGGGCAAGAUAGAAUUUUGCCCAACCCGACCACCGGCCGAAACAAUGCUCCUGCGUCUAUUCUGGAGAGUAGCAGUGCAACCCCAACAACUGUAUGUACUAGCAUUACUGCUGCAUACAAGCAAGCAUACCAGUUGGUGACUGAAAAUGACACGCGGCCGAUGACUGGCAAUGAUACCUCUUCACUCCCGGUCAAUGUUAAGAUUUCAUCAAGCCCCGUUGAUUGUGGAUUUGGAUACAUUCCACUAUCUAAUGCUCUUCAGCCCUGCGUUACUUCUGCCCCCUUUUUAGUCACUGAAGUAGUCGAUACUCCUAUCGACUUUCAUCAAAACUCGGGUGAGCAACAGGGCGAUACGAAGAUAACCAAUGGUAAAGGCCACAUGGAUACAUAUGUGUCAGAGUAUCAUCAUUCCACAAACCACCGUCCAGGGUCAACAAGGCCAUCUGGGGGUAUUCUUGUGAGUGGUGAAGUGUAUCAAAGACCACAGUACACGACACCUACACGAAACAUUUACCCGGUGGAGAAAGUUACCGCCCCUCCUCACCUUUCGGCAGGCACCUCGAGCUGUUAUUAA